CAUUCUUUCUUUUCAUUCAUUCUCUCGUUUUUACCAAAAUAAUUGGCGUCUGUAGUCUAGAAGCACUUGCUAUCUCUGCUUGUUUUACAAAUCAAUUUUCAAUUCAUAUGUAAAUUCAGAAGCUGGUUUAGGUCAAGUCUUUCGAAACCCUUCAUAUUUUUGUGCUAGAUACACACAGCCUUGUUGAACUUCAGCUGUGCUGUGCUGUGCCACACUCAUAUCAUUUUCAUUUUUUCAUCGUUACCUUUGCGAGCAUUCCCUUCAUUCCUUUUGACAUACCCAUAAGGAACUCACAAGAAUAAUGCCUUCACGAGUAUCAUUAAGAAAACAAUUCCUAUGGUUUUGUUCUUUCUCUCUACCUUUAUUGGCAUCAGCUUCAACAACAGAUACACCAACAACAUGUUAUGUUGUUAAUGGACAACAUAAUGCCAAUGCAGGAUAUAGAUGUGAUAAUUCAACAACGGGUCAUAGUUCAUGUUGUCAAGCUGGUGCUAUAUGUUUUUCAAAUGGUGUUUGUCAACAAGCAAAUGGGAAUGUUCAAGAUUAUUUAAGAGUAGGAUGUACAGAUCCUACAUGGAAGGAUCCAGCUUGUUUAAAUCAAUGUACUAUUUGUAAGUCAUGUGAUGCAUAUUAUUGAGUUGGAAAUACUAACCAAUUUUUAGAUGCUAGAGGUUCAACUGCUGGUAUAAGAUUUUGUAAUGGAGCUAUCACAUCAACAACUGAAUAGUAUGUUCUGUCGAUUGACGGAUUGUGGGAUUUUCAAUACUGACCGAGAAACAGCUGUUGUGAUACGGGAGCCUAUGGAGUAGGGAGUUUUGCUUGUUGCGAGAAUGACUCAGAUAUCUUCAAUAUUUCACCCGUCGCCACAGUGCUCGCCCAAAUUCCCUUUACCUAUGCCUCAUCAUCCACAUCGUCCACAUCAUCUACCUCAUCCACCUCAUCUACGUCAUCCAUAUCUACCUCAUCACUAUCUUCCACAUCCACCUCUUCAGUUUCAACUUCAACCACCACAUUUGAUUCAAACACUGCCACAACCUCCACCUCAUCUCAAAAAUCCACUGCCCCACUCCCAUCCGCAACCUCAGCAUCCUCUAGCAACGCGGCCGCCAUCGGAGCCGGCGUCGCAAUUCCAUGUGUUAUCAUUGCUCUCGCUAUUCUAGGAUGGCUUCUCUGGAGAAGAAGACGCGCACAGAAGCAAAAGUCUGACCAAAUCCUUAAAAACAAUGAAGCGGGAUUUCCAGCACAAGGAUAUCCAGCUACAGAAGGAGCAUAUAACGGACAAGCACAAGGAGGAUAUUCUCCAAGUGAAAUUGGAACGGGAUAUGAUAGGGGAAAUUUGGGAGAAGCCGGUGGGAUCGGGAUCCCAGAUAAGAAGGGAUAUUUUGCGCCGCUACCGACUGAGAUGGAUACGGAGAGGGCGGUGCAUGAGAUGGAUGGAGGACAUUUUGGGAGAAGAUAAUGAUUUAGGAGGAGCUCCAGGUGCGAUGUGGAAAUAAUUUUAAGGUUUUUGGGUUUCGGGUGGAUAGAUUAAUUGAGGAGGAUAUUCCGUGUUUAUUCCGAUGACGGAAAAUUCGAUAUGACCCUGGAAGUGAGAGGGGGAGAUAGUGAAAAGGAGAUAUCGAAUUUCCAGUGUCGUUAUUCAUGAUCAAUAUAUGCACGCUUCGCUCCGACUUGAAACGAAACGGUCGACGAAAAAGAGAUAGGAUGGUGUUGCAAAUUGAUACGCCAAGUUUUACCUUGCAGGCGCAUCUUUUGUAUUCUUAUACACCGUAUUCCUAUUCGGUUCGAUUCUCCUUACGUUAUGAAUUGGCGAUACGAGUAGCGGUACUCUACCUUUUUGAGCGAUUUCAUGAUGGGAUAGAGUUUUAUGACUAGUCUAGUUCCUGGGGUUUAUAUUCGUGGAGAUG